CUUGCGUUACUGAGUGAGGAGAAUUGCAGAGCGAUUUCACAUGAAUAUCUGUGCAGCGGGCAGUUGUUAUUUUAGUAUUUUACCGUCUCUGAGUUUCCGAUAAAAUAUGGCUGUUGUAAUACGACGUUGCAACGGAUCCUGUAGGAUGGGUUGUGCAGACCUAUUGUUAUAACUUGCUCUGUGUGGACAUCACCGCCACCGUGGAAGAAAACGGCAGCUCAUGGCACCAGGCCUACACAAAGUCGGGCUCCAGCCCACUUCCAGCACCACCCGAACACUUGUGCAAGGCCUGCAGAGGCCAGUUUGACACUGUAAAUCAGCAUGUCUGUGUGGACUGCAAAAACAACUUCUGCAGUCGAUGCUCGGUGCAGGUGGAUCUUAGGCCACUUAUGUGCCACACCUGUCAGCGGCUCCACUGCACUUUUUUCGAGCGGGCUGAAUUGAUGCGGUUGAAGGUGAAGGACCUCCGGGAUUACCUCCACCUGCACGAGAUCCCUACGCAGAUGUGCCGGGAAAAGGAGGAGCUAGUGGAGCUGGUGCUGGCUCAACAGCCUGCCCACAACAGCAGCGGUGCUGAGUCUCGCUCUCAGCUGGUUGCGGCUCCCCUGCCUCCCCAUGUAGAAUCUGAGCCUCUUACAGAGGAGGAAGAAGAGGAGGAGGAGGAAGAAGAAGAAGAAGAGGGGGAGGAAGAAGAAGAGGGGGAGGAAGAAGAAGAGGGGGAGGAAGAAGAAGAGGUGGAGGAAGAAGAAGAAGUGGGGGAGGAAGAAGAAGAAGAGGGGGAGGAAGAAGAAGAGGGGGAGGAAGAAGAUGAUGAGGAAGAGUCCACAGAUAGUGAGGAGACUCUGGUGCACAGCAGAAGAGCUUCCCUUUCUGACCUGACAAGUGUAGAGGACAUCGAAGGACUCAGCGUGCGACAGCUGAAGGAGAUUCUGGCACGCAACUUUGUGAACUACCAGGGCUGCUGUGAGAAAUGGGAGCUGAUGGAGAAGGUCACUCACCUCUUUAAUGAUCAGAAAGACCUUCACAACUUGGUUUCAAAUACGAACAAAGAAGCAGCUGACCCAGCUGAGCCCAGUGGCCAGGAGGAGAAUCUGUGUAAGAUCUGCAUGGACUCCCCCAUUGACUGCGUGCUGCUGGAGUGUGGACACAUGGUCACAUGCAGCAAGUGUGGGAAACGCAUGAACGAGUGUCCCAUCUGCCGACAGUAUGUGGUUCGAGCAGUGCAUGUCUUCAGAUCGUGAAAUCUGGUUACAAACAGACUGCCCCCCGCAGGUUGUUGCUAUAACUUUUUGAUUUUCAUAUUUCUUCUCUGUCAGUGUUAACUCAAAUUCACUCACAAGUUUACAUAAUUUAAUGUUCACUGAAUUGUCAUCAUCACUAUUUUAGUGGACCAUAAGUUGUUGUGAUUUAAUUCAUAUGUUGACCUUUGCCCAAAAGUGGGUGAUAAGUUGCACUUUGAAAUUAGUAGCAUCUUCAUUUUUCAGCAUUAGUUUCGGGUCCACAUUUGCUUAGGCUACAGUAAAUCAUAAGCAAGGAAAGUUUAAGUAAUGCAUGUUUUACUAUAGGUUAAAACACAGCUUUCUGGUUAUUGAAUGAUUGACCAUUCAUUUCUACUAAAUUUUACUAUUUAUUUAUAUAAUUAAGAUUAUUUAUAGGAAAAGGGCACUAGGGAUUUAAAACCGUUCAGAUGGUUCACGUUAAACAGUGUCAUGUUGUUGAUAUGUCUUUACCAUAGUUCACUCUUAACUGCUUUUUAAUCACUGCUUAUUUAGGGGCCAUUGCACUCUUGUCUAAAUGUUUGUUACGUACUGUACUAGUAUUUAAACUCAUACUUUUUUCCAGUGAGUAGGUGCUAUUUUCCAGACAGUGCACUACUUUUUUUUGCAAGUUACUCAUGAGACUUUGGCAGAACCAGUUGCUUCCAAUUACACAGAGACAUAUUCUGGCUUGACAUCUGCUUUAGUAUUAUUUUUAUUAUUACACAGGUGCUUUGUUCUCCACCAUUUCUAGUAUUCUUACUUAUUAAUACUAACAAGUUAGUGUUAGUUUUAAGGUGCUCAUUACUGCCUACAGUUAUUGUUGUACAAUAAAGUGUGUUAAAGUUUUCACUGAGUAAAAGAUGUCAAUCAUAACCAUGCUUUCUUUAAAUCCAAAUUGUAGUUAUUUCUUAAAUUAGCAUCAUAUUUGAGUUAUUAUGAUUCCUUCCCAUAUAUGAAUGUAUGAUAUAAAUUGUGGUUUUACAGGAAUGUUUUCAUUUUAUUCUUCAUUUGGAGUGAAAACUAAUGCAUAUUCCUGAUUCCUUGCUUUCCUAUGCUGAAUGUAGAGGACAUCAAGCACUUGAUAAACUGCCAAGUCAUUCUCCAAAACACAAAGAUGAGUCUUUAUAAUGGACGUGUCUUAAAAGUUACAAGGCUAUGCUUGUAAUUUGACCAAAACAUUUUUCUUGAUUUUAUCUUUCAACACUGUCGUCUUUUACCAGGAUAUGCAAGCUGUACAUAUAUAUAUUUUGUUAGCUUUGUGUUUGCUAGUACAUUUAUGUAUUUGCAUAUAUACACCUAUAUCAAUUACAAUAGUGUUUGAUCAACUAAAUAAUGCUAAAUGAUAACACUGUUUAAUAGUCAUUGCAGAAAUUCAGUUACUCAAAACCCAGCAUGGCCUUACAUUUUCAUAACCGUUCCAUACCCAAAUGUGUUCACAUUGUAUUUACAGUUAAGGAUGCACAAACAAGUAAUAAAAACUUUAUGAGGAACGAGGGUAAGUUGCUGCUCCCAAAACAUAGCUUGUUUAUGUCAAAUGCCGAUAACAAAAAAGCUGCUGUGCUUGGAGCUUCCAUUUUGUGCAUUUAUGGCUCUAGUAAGACAAUAUAAACAAGCAAAUAAAUUACACAUAUGCUUCUAUAAUCCAUGUAAUUUGUUGUAUAACUGUAAUAAAUAAAGGUGCCCAAAUGUGUUUGUAAGUGCCAAGUAGAAUUUUCAUACCCUUGACUUAGCAGUAGGUUGUGCGGUAUGACAAUUUAAUUAUCAAUAUGAAUUGUGUGAAAUGACUUUCUUAACAUCAAUUUAACCUAAAAAGUGGUACAAU